GAAGCCUUUAUCCUGCUCGACGCGCAUCCCUCUCUCCCGCUGCGUUGAAGAGGGCGGGGGAGGAGUACGCACGCCCUAGUUGGCUAGCCACUCAGCACCUCGCAGUGAUAGGGGCUGUUCGGAGUUGGGGCUGCACCGUCGGCUUUCUCCGCCCCUCCCCCUCUUCUUUCCUCCCCUCCCUUCCCCGCCCCCCUCCACUCUCCUCUCCUCUCCAGAAUUCCCUGGCUGGAGUACGCGUGCGCUUGCUCUGCUCCCGGGAGAGCGCGAGCUUUUGCUCAUACCCCGCUCCCCUAACCCCGCCCGCUCUUUACCUACCGGCUGUAGCUGGCCCGGUGGGCUCGCGGGAGCCGCUCGCGCGCGCACGCGCACACAACGCGGAGCGGAGCUCGAGACAUCGAGGAGGGGAGUAAGAAGCAUCGGAGGAGGCGAUAGAGGAGGAGGCGGUGUGUGUAUCUGUGUGUGUUCUACCGUGUGGCUCGUCGAGGGGCGAGCGGAGGCUUGAAAGAGGGCGAGGGAGAAGCGAAAAGAGUCCGAGUCUCUGUCCGUGAGAGCCUCUAAUCUGGUUGCUAUGGAAACAUAAGACUACAUAAACGGAAGUCCGUUCUGAUAAUUCUGAUACCUGAGAUGUAACUGGACUAAAGAGUGGAACAGGAAAAAUUGUAGUACCAACCUCAAUUACAAUGGCUACUGAUUCAGGAGAGCCAGCUAGUACAGAAGAUUCUGAGAAACCUGAUGGAGUUUCACUGGAAGACAGAGCUCCUCGGGUUGUAGCAACUUUAACGGUGGAAGCCAGACUGAAGGAAAAAAGUAGUGCUUUCUUUGCUUCUGGGGAAACUACAGAAAGGAAAAGAUUCUUCCGAAAGAGUGUUGAGACGAUGGAAGAUGAUAAAGUUGCUGAAUCUUCCUCCAAAGGUGAGAGAAUGAAGACCGCAAUAAAUAUGCCAAGAGUGGAAAAGCUUCCGACAAAUGUGCUAGCAGGUGGACAAGAAGUCAGAUAUGGACAGUGUUCAAAGGCAACCUCAGAGUCCUCAAAAGAUGGUUUCAAGGAGAAAAAUGAAAAGGAAAUAGAAGAAGAAGCAGAAAUGAAGGCUGUAGCUACUUCUCCUAGUGGCAGGUUCCUGAAAUUCGACAUAGAGCUGGGAAGAGGAGCAUUUAAAACAGUAUAUAAAGGAUUGGACACCGAAACCUGGGUUGAAGUUGCUUGGUGUGAGCUGCAGGACCGGAAAUUAACCAAAGCUGAGCAGCAAAGGUUCAAGGAAGAAGCAGAAAUGUUAAAGGGUCUCCAACAUCCCAAUAUAGUUCGAUUUUAUGAUUCCUGGGAGUCUAUAUUAAAAGGAAAGAAAUGUAUUGUAUUGGUGACUGAACUUAUGACAUCAGGAACUUUAAAGACGUACUUAAAACGAUUUAAAGUCAUGAAACCAAAGGUCUUAAGGAGCUGGUGCAGGCAAAUUUUAAAGGGGCUGCAGUUCUUGCACACUAGGACUCCUCCCAUUAUUCACCGGGAUCUGAAGUGUGACAAUAUUUUCAUCACAGGACCCACUGGAUCUGUGAAGAUUGGUGAUCUUGGACUAGCCACCUUAAUGAGAACAUCAUUUGCUAAGAGUGUCAUUGGGACUCCUGAGUUUAUGGCCCCAGAGAUGUAUGAAGAACACUACGAUGAAUCUGUAGAUGUUUAUGCUUUUGGAAUGUGUAUGCUGGAAAUGGCUACUUCAGAGUACCCUUAUUCCGAGUGUCAGAAUGCAGCUCAAAUAUACCGUAAAGUAACUAGUGGCAUAAAACCAGCCAGUUUCAAUAAAGUCACUGAUCCUGAAGUGAAAGAAAUCAUUGAAGGAUGUAUUCGUCAAAACAAAUCAGAAAGGUUGUCUAUCAGGGACCUACUAAACCACGCAUUUUUUGCUGAGGAUACAGGACUGAGGGUGGAGUUAGCAGAGGAAGAUGACUCCUCAAAUUCAUCCCUGGCUUUAAGACUCUGGGUUGAAGAUCCUAAAAAAUUGAAAGGCAAGCACAAAGACAAUGAAGCUAUUGAAUUCAGUUUCAAUUUAGAAACAGAUACCUCUGAGGAAGUAGCGUAUGAAAUGGUCAAGUCAGGAUUCUUCCAUGAAAGUGAUUCCAAAGCUGUUGCUAAAUCCAUUAGAGACCGGGUCACUCUGAUAAAGAAGACGAGGGAGAAGAAGCCAAGUGGCUGUUUGGAAGAACGCAGGGAUUCCCAGUCCAAGUCUGCAGGGAAUGUACUUCCUCAGCCCCAGAACACAACUUUACCUUCUGCUCCUGCUCAGCACACUGGAGCAGAAUGUGAAGAAACUGAAGUUGAUCAACAUGUUCGACAACAGCUUCUAAAAAGAAAACCACAGCAGCCCCAUCCCUCUGUUACAGGUGACAAUUUGUCCGAAGUGGGAGCUGGAUCUGCUGUACACUCAGAUACUUCAAGUCAGCCCAGUAUAGCCUAUUCCUCAGACCAGAUGAUGGGCUCUCAAGUGGUUUCCAACAUCUCACAGGCUGAAAGAAAUGUUCCAGGGAUGAUUUAUCCAUCCCAGCAGCUAGUAGGACAUUACCAGCAGAUUUCAGGGCUGCAACAGCAGCCAAAGCUGACUCAGCCCCACAUCUUGCCUUUGGUUCAAGGUCAGUCUUCUGUUUUGCCUGUACAUGUCCUUGGACCUCCAGUUGUUGCACAACCCCAGGUUUCCCCAUUAACUGUCCAGAAGGUCUCACAGAUGAAGCCUGUAUCCCAGGCCAUUGGAAUUGAACAACAAGCAGCUUUUCUAAAACCGGAUUUAGUUAGAAGUUUGAAUCAUGAUGUGGCAUUUGUGAAGGAAAACAUCAAUACCCCUGAUAACCCAUGUGGAAAUGGCAAACAAGAUCGGAUUAAACAAAGAAGAGCUUCCUGUCCUCGACCAGAGAAGGGGACUAAAUUCCAACUUACUGUCCUUCAGGUGUCAGUAUCUGGAGACAAUAUGGUGGAGUGUCAACUGGAGACACACAACAAUAAGAUGGUCACCUUCAAGUUUGAUGUUGAUGGUGAUGCACCAGAGGAUAUUGCAGACUAUAUGGUUGAAGAUAACUUCGUGCUAGAAAGUGAGAAAGGAAAAUUUGUAGAAGAACUGAGGGCUAUUGUAGGUCAAGCCCAGGAGACGCUUCAUGUCCACUCUGCUGCAGAUAGAGCCACCGGAAUUGAUUCUAUUAUUGUGGAACCCAACAGUGGCCAAACAGGAUCGUCUGAACAAGUACAGAUAAGUUCUGCAUCCACUCAAACCAGCAAUGAAUCUGCUUCUCAGUCAUCCCCAGUUGGACGGUGGCGAUUCUGUAUCAAUCAGACAAUAAGAAACCGUGAGGUUCAGUCUCCUCCUUCUCUUCAGCAAUCCCUGUCUACAGUUCCUGGGCUAUCUCGACUUCCUAGUCCAAGAACCGCAAGUAAUAAGGAACUAUCACAGGACACACUUCCCACUCUAGAAAGUAGUCCAUGCCAGCGUGUACUUUUUGCCUCCAAGUCAGAACUCAAGGAUGUAGUUGAUGGUAAGAUUUCUGAAUAUGCCAGUGUAGAAACUAAGCAUCCAGCUGUAUUUUACCAAGUGGAAGAUGACAGGCAGAUAAUGGCACCAGUUACUAGUAGUUCAAGUUAUACUGCUACUUCAGUUCGUGCAGUUGCAGUUGAAUGUGAGGGACUCACCAAACAAGCAGGCAUAUUUCUACCUGUAUAUCCAUGUCACCAAGCUGCCAGUCAGGCGGAUGUACUUAUGGUCCCUCCUGGCGAGUCAACUCAGAUUGCUGGUAACUCUCUUACAACUCUGGCAUUUAUGUCUGAUCAAAAGCCUCAGUCCUUAGUAGUGCAGCAGCCAUCUAUGGAUGCAGAGUUUAUUUCCCAAGAAGGAGAAACCACAAUGAACACUGAAGCAAGUUCUCCUAAGAUGGUCAUUCCCACUCAGACCCCUGGCCUUGAACUGACUGCCCUACUACCCACUGCUGUCUUGGAAUCAGAAGGGGAAAGACCUCCAAAAAUGGAGUUUGCAGACAACCGAAUUAAAACUCUGGAUGAAAAGUUAAGAAAUUUGCUCUAUCAGGAGCAUAGCAUAUCUAGCAUCUAUCCUGAGAGUCAGAAGGAUACCCAAAGCAUAGACUCUCCAUUUUCUUCCUCUGCUGAAGAUACGCUCUCAUGUCCAGUGCCAGAAGUCAUAGGCAUCAGCCACAGUGGACUUCAAGAUAGUCCUGCACAGUCCCCUAAUUUUCAGCAGACAGGCUCUAAGAUUCUGUUCAAUGUGGCUGCAAGUCAGCCUGCUAACAUAUCAGUAUUCAAAAGGGACCUGAAUGUGAUAACUUCUAUACCCAGCGAAUUAUGUUUACAUGAGAUGUCUCCAGAUGCUUCACUUCCAGGAGAUCCAGAGGCCUAUCCUGCUGCUGUGUCAAGCGGUGGAGCCAUUCAUCUGCAGACAGGAGUGGAAACAGAAGAUAGGAGAUCAGCAGUUGGUCCUGAUCCCAUUCCUCUGACAGGAGAGUCCACAGCUGAUACUAGGGCUUUGAGUAGAUGUAAAGCAAUGAGUGGAUCAUUUCAGCGGGGUCGAUUCCAGGUGAUUACAGUUCCUCAGCAACAGUCAGUGAAAGUGACAUCUUUUGGAAUAGAGCGCACACCAGCAUUCAAUAAAAUGACAACUCAUUCUAGUGAAGAAGCUUUAGCCUUUACGGACAUGGCAAAGUCUCAGUUAGUGGAAAUGGAACCUGCCACACACAAUCCACAAACUUCACUUCCUUCUCAGAAGUUACGAGUUCUUCAUGAAACCUUUAAAGAAGAUAAAAAAAUUCUCAAACAAUGUGACAACCUCACAUCUUUCAGCACAGCUCAUGAAGCUGAUGUAUCUUCAAUGACCCCAGAAAAAGAAUUGGGGGAAAACUCAGCCACGGAAAGUAGUAUGCAUUCUGGACUUGAAUUGUUGCUUAAAGAGAGAGAGAUACUUAUUGCUGGGAAACAGCCAAGCUCUGAUAGUGAAUUUUCAGCCACUCUUGCUGUCAGAGGGAAGUCAGUGGCAAACACUGGUCCAGAGAGUGGUCAGUGCUUACCACUCCAUGAAGAAAAAGCCUGUGCUCAAAUACAGAGCUCACUUUUCUAUUCGCCAUCUUCUCCAAUGAGCAGUGAUGAUGAGUCAGAAAUAGAGGAUGAGGAUUUGAAGGCAGAGCUUGAAAGAUUACGAGAAAAACACAUUCAGGAGGUGGUAAAUCUUCAAACCCAGCAGAAUAAGGAGCUGCAGGAGCUCUAUGAACGCCUUCGGGCAAUUAAAGAUAGCAAAAUCCAGUCAUCAGAGGUUCCUCAGCCACCUUCAUCACCACGUAGACCAAGAUCUUUCAAAAGCAAACUUCGUAGCCGCCCCCAGUCCUUGACACAAGUGGACAGUGGUGCAGCUGCUGCAGAUCCACUGUGUGUGGAAAGUAAUGUAGCAUCAUGCCAGCAAUCUCCAGCUAGUAAAAAAGGGAUGUUCACAGACGACUUACAUAAAUUGGUGGAUGACUGGACAAAGGAAGCAGUAGGAAAUUCUCUAAUUAAGCCAAGUUUAAACCAACUCAAACAGAGUCAACACAAACUCGAGACAGAAAACUGGAACAAAGUAUAUGAAAAUACUCCAUCUACUAUGGGCUACACAUCAACAUGGAUUUCUUCUCUGUCCCAAAUCCGUGGAGCUGUCCCAACCUCCAUGCCACAAGGACUCCCACUCCCUUCAUUUCCUGGGCCAUUAUCAUCAUAUGGAAUGCCCCAUGUUUGUCAGUAUAAUGCUGUGGGGGGGCCGGGGUACCCAGUACAGUGGGUAGGAAUUUCAGGAACACCACAACAGUCUUUAGUAAUUCCUACUCAAUCUGGGGGACCAUUCCAGCCAGGAAUGAAUUUACAGGCAUUUCCAGCUUCAUCAGUGCAGAAUCCAUCUGCAAUCCCUCCUGGUCCCAAAUGAAUCAGAGUAGAUGAUGAAGAAAUGGGAGAUUUUUUCAGAAUUAUUUUCAGGACACCUAAGAUACUAAACGUUCUUCUUCUUGGGUUCUGCCACAUUUUCCCUCAUUUGAGUUUACUUUCCACUGUACUUUUUCAUUCCAUUGUGGUAUUUUAUAUAGCUCAUCAUUCUGUAGAACUGUGCAGUUUGUACAUAGAACGCUGCACACAGAAAUGUUUUUUCACUUCAAAUCCUAUCCUCUUUGAUACUUGAUUUUUAAAAAAAUACCGUUCAGAAUGCUUUAAUAAGCUCAGCUUGAGCAUACCAUUUCCAGGACACUUUCCAUGAAUUGCUGAGAAGCCCCCAUUUUUUACUGCUGCUAUCUGCAGCUGGAUGAUACUUUAAAAUGUAUAAAAACUAUUUAAAUUGAUAUUCCCCAAACGUGGACGAAGUGAGACCCUCCAAAAGCUGGAGUCUUAUGGGAUUCUUCACAUGUUUAUCUUAGGUUUACUUUCACAGAAGGCAGGGUAACUUACUGCAGGAAACAUUUUGGUAUAUAAAAUUAGAAUAACUUUGUCAACCAAUAUAGACCGUGAGCCCUUUUUAAUGUGAUUUUCUUCCCGUCUUCACAGCAGGAGUGAAGCCUUGUUUUAGGUGAGGCGGAGAGAAAGGAAAAAACAGAACUGUAACAGUUCCUUGAUUCUGCAGAUACUGUAGCUGCUUUAGGAUUUCAAUAGUAAUUCAAAGCAGCUAUCUCCUUGUUUCUCAUGUGCACACUACAUUGUUUUGGGGCAUCUGAGAGGCAUUGGUUUGCUUGCAUUCUUUUGCAAGGGAUAUAUUGCAGCUGAUAUGAAUCUCAUUUUGGGGGAAUCUUUGUAUUCCUAACAAAGAGGAUUCAAGUUACACCUCUCAAUCCAUUCUUCUGAAGUAAAAUGUACUUGACAAGUUGGUUGUAGGUUUUGAGACUUACACAUGAAACACUGGCUUUACAGGGUUCUAAGAUGUGGGGUAUACACUGUCCUGCAGUGAGAUAGUAGACCCUCGAAGGACACUAUUUAAGUUGCCCUUAGCUUUUUUUUUUUACUACAAUUUUUUAGUUGUUAUAAUUUCUUAUUAGUAUAUAUAGCAUCCUAGAUGAUUUCAGAUCUUAGAUGAUUUUGGCAGCCUCUUUAAAAUCUGAGAGAGAUUACUGUCAAGUUGCACUUUACUGGGUUUUAUCCAGUUUUAGGAGGAGGUGAGGCAGUGUCAAAAUACACUUUUGGCUUUCGAGGAGGUUAACUAUAAUAAUCUUAAAAGGCUAGUCACAGAGUUACCUAAUGUUCAGUCUGUGAAACCCAAAUAGAAUUCUUAAAUGGUAUUAAUCAACUACCACAUAUACAUGUUUAAAAUAUUUUCCACUCUGAAAAUUUCAAGCUCAAAUUUCUAGUACACAUUUACCUGAUAAUGAGCUGUCUACUGGUAAACAUUCCAAAAUUUCACCCAACAUUUCUUUUAACAGAUUUUCCUCCAUAUUCCCCUAAAAUUUUUACCCCAAGAGCUUGCCAGGUAAUGAGGAAAAUUUAAUAGGUAUACAUUUUUUUUUUUUGCAUAGCCUACUUUGUGACAUUAAGUACCCUUUUUCAAAAAAAUGUGUCUAAUAUUGCUUAGCUAAGGAUCACACUAAACAUCAUAAAAGAUUGAUUCUGUCAUUAUCCUUUGGGGUGUCUAAGGCAGCAUUUUCAGAAUUACCGUUUAUAAGAGUCACAGUUUCUUUUCAUAAAACAUACUCUGGUUUGGGUGAUUCUUUCUAAAUCUUAUGUACAGAUUCUUCAAAUUUCUUCUACAGUAUUGGUUUUCAAGUUGCAGUGAUUUUAGGACAUUAGCAUUAAUGCAAAUGUUUGCAUUGCAGUAUUUUCCAUGUGUACAAAAACAAUGCACCUAAAAUCCGUAAUUCUUUAAAACUGCUCAUGUUUUAUUAUAAUAGUUGGUUUUGUGUAAUUACACUAAGACUUACAACCUAUAAAGUGAAAAUCCUGCAGGUUUUAAGAUCCCUUCUUCUCUAGAUGUAAUCUUUUUAAACCGUGUACCCCAGGAUGAAAAAACCUCCAUGGAUGACAUGCACAAUUACAUUUAUUAUUGGCUGCUCUACAUCAAAUGUCCCACAUUUUGCCACCACCUCUGUUUUAUGUAUAAUUCAUCAUUCAUUUGCCUGCAGACUUUUGCAGUGCCUUGUAAUAUUUAGAAUCUUUUCAGAUUUUUUUGCUGGAAAGAAAAGUAGUCUUCUAAAGUUUGAAGAUGGUGAAUAGUGUACUGCUGUCUCCGUGCUGACUGCAGUAGUUGGAUUAACAUAUAUGUUAUGUAUAUAUUAUGUAUAUGUUACAUGUAUAAGUUUAAAAAUACAGAAAAAGUGAGUUUGUGCAGAAAUUAAGAAACGGUGUUACAUCACUGUAGGUUUUUUCCCCCCAUUACUUAAAUGUUGAUUCAGAUUAUAGUCACUUUGUGAAUAUUGGCUAGUUUUUUAUCUAGGGGUUUUGCAUUAUUUCAUAAUUUUGUGAACUCAUAUAAUAGUGCUGUUUUCAUCCUUGCUGAGGUGAUUUUCCUCCCCAGAAAUAAUGAACUCUUGAGGUGAAGCUCAGAAAUUCCCUUCUUACUUAACUAUGAGCCUACUAUGUAACAGGACCCUUCUUCCCAUUUCCAAAAAAACACACAAACCUGUCCUUUUCAUAGGAGAAAAACAGUUGUACUAAAGUACCCUGCUUGUAAAGUUUAUUUGGGGGAUAGUCUCUAUGUUCAACCACCAUGUUUACUUCUCAAAGUACAAGUCUGACAAAUAGUACUGUAUCUCCAUAUGUGGCAAUGUGAGCAUUUCAUCAUGAAGUACAUGCUGCUAUGUUUGUGAAGUUGGGUGUAACAUCAUAAGACUAUGAAACCAGUAUUGGUAUAAAUCUAAUGAAAAUAACCCUAUGUAUAUUUGUAGCAGUCUUGAAUCUCUAUUUAAGGUAAUUUGCUGUAAUAUAACAAAUAUCCAUUUUGUUUUUCAUACUUUUCUUGCCAAUUUUAUAUCAAGCAUGAAUUCUAAUGGUUUGACAGCAAAAUUAUCUGUGAAAGUUUAAAAGGCACUUUUCCGCUAUAAUUUUUGGAUUGAGUGUGGAGUAUUAUGUGCAGUAUGAUGGGAUGUAUCAUUUUAGAACCCCAGAUUUAAUUCCAGUCCAGUUACUUUUGUUUAUCUACCUCGUUUUCAGUGCUGUUUGGGGGUACAGAAGUGAACACUGCCUGUGAAACUUGCUUUUUUUUGCCUUGAUUCUCAGUAUACUUUCAGGUUAUAAAUCUGGCCUGCCUCCUAGUCCCAGUGCUAACCAUGAGUUCGAGUUGAGAGGGACCAUCACUCUGCCACCAAUCUGUGUUUAAGUGAUGAGAGCCAUGUGCCUCUGCAGAAUAAGCUUUGGGGAUUUGUGGAUGACAGAGAAAUAAAUCCAGCUGGUGGCAAUAUAGGACUUGGUUUAGGGGUCAGUCAUAAAAUAAAUGCUAAGAAAGUAUCUAAAUUAGACAGUCCAGUGCCUGUAACUUUGCAUCUUUUAUUAAAGAUGCAUUUCUUGUCUGUGUGCCUAAAGGGCUAAAGGUUGAAAUUGCUUUAACUACCACAAUGAAAUAUUUGAUAAAUCCUAUAGCAGUGGCCUGUCAUUCAGCAUACUGGUAGGUACUUGCAGUGGCAUUUUGUUACCUUAAAAUGGCUAUAUGCUUUUAGUUGAAUUGUAGUUGGUGGUAACUGUUUAUUUGAUCUCUAAAGUUUAUUGGAGGCAUUGACUUUUUUCUUGUCUUUUCUGAAUGAUGGAAUGAUGCAUUCCUUUUCUUUUUCCAGAAAACCUAGCUAAUGUUUGUAAGCCACAUGCUCCUUGUUUCACAUGUUUACUGUAACACUACAGCAUAUUUAAUGUUAGCAAAUACUGUAUUUCAGGCUUCAUGCACAAAUACAUUCCUGAGGUUUGCCAUCAGUUUGAAAUUUGGUUAUUUAAUCUUCUGUUUGGUUUAGAAAAACUUGAGAUUUGAGGUGGUGUGCAGGCCAUUUUCUAGAAUAGAUUGUUCAUUUUUUCAUUCUGUAGUGUACUGGGGACUUUUUAUCCCCCCUUUGUUUUGAAGAUGAACCAGAAAGGGGGUAUGUUGUAGAAAAGGCCAUUGAUUUGAUAAAUGUAAUUUCUGGGAUUCAGUUUCUUUUAAAAACAAUCCAGACUGUAAAAUUGUGACACUCAAACUUGGUAAAAUCCUUUGAAAUUGGUAUGAAAUUUUGUUGGAGCCAAAUGCUUUCAGAUCAUCAUGGAAGUAGUCUUUGUAUGUGAAGGAUGAACAUAAACAUUGGUCAGGGUCCUUGCUAGCUAACAUAGGCAGGGGCCUGGGAUAGUGGCUAGGUUACACUGAAGUUAUUUUCAACUGAGAUAGUUGAAAGAGUGUACAAACCAACAGCUUCCAUUCUGGAAGGUUUUCUUUUAAUUAAAAAAAAAAACUCAAAAAGGCUAAAGUCAAGCAAGAAGGGAAAAGAGAAACUGGCCCCUUGAGAAAAAAUGUGUGGGUGUAAAAUAAACUCCUAAAUGUGUGCUUGUCAUCCUUUUAGGUUUUUGUUUUUGUUUUUUAAGUUGCAUUUCUUUUUCACUAUAAGCUAAGAUUUCAGAUUGAGGUUUGUGGUCUAGAACAUACCCUCAGCAGAAAUAGUGACUGAUCGGAAAGUGCAGUUGUUCAAGGUCUGUCAUGCUCAAUCUCUUAAAGCUGUCAUUUGUUUGAUAUGAAUAUUAAGCAUGUAGACCUAGUGCAGCAUGGGAGCCACUCAGGAAGUUUAUGCAAUUAAUAAACUUUCAUGCAUAAUUUACUAUGAAGUAUGCAGACUUUCAGCCACUUCUCUACACUUAACAUUUAGUUGUAUAUGUGAACUCUCCUUUCUUAAUUGGGGAAUGUAGCAUUAUAUAGAAUGUUGUUAAACUCAAUUUUAAUCCUUCUUGACAUUAACUUUUUUUUUUUUUUUUUGGUAAACCAAGUGAUCUGCCUUUAAGCAGUUGUCUGUUUUUGGUUCUUUGAAACUGUGAUUUUUAUUUCAUUUGUACCCAGCCAUUGUAUUUUGUUUUGUUUCUUGGAAAUUUUGUUUUGAAACGAAA